AUGACGCCACGGCUAGCGGCAUGUGACCCGUGUCGAACGGCGAAACUGGCUUGCGGCCAUGAGCGGCCCGCUUGCGCCCGGUGCGUCACAAACAACCGAGAAGAUGUCUGUGUCUAUCGCGCGACACCUUUCAAAAGGAAGCGAAAUGAGACACUUUCGCCAUCAUUCUUAUCUUCAAAAACGGCUCGCUACCAACCACUGGAGGAUUCGCCUGCAUCAUCAACUCCAACUCGUCCCUUGAACCCGAACCCUGGAUUUCUGGGAGCGUCUAGUCACAUUUCCAUCUUCAGUCACCUGAUACAAGAUGCGAACGACAGCCCAGAAAGAACUGCAACCAGAAGUGUACAGUUUGGGCCAGAAGCUGCGCCCAAUACUAUCUAUUUGGACGAGGAACCAAUUGUCAAAAACACAGUGGACUUGAUGAGACAUGUCUUCCAAAGUUUUCCGUUGAAUGCUAUGCAAGAUUUGAUUAGCUUCUGGCGUGCUACAGGCGCCAAUCUAGCUCUUGCUGAACCUUUCGUGGAUGAAUGCUCCCGAGCCCUGGGCACCAUCCUGGAAGGAGAGACCGACAAACAUGACUGGUGGCAUCAUUCACUCACUCAUUCGUUACUUCGAAACUCGAGGCGGACACUUGAAAUCAGUCUAGGUUGCUCCAUUUCAGACUUCACGGCUCAGUUCGUAGGCCAGAACCUGCGAUGGGAAACGGUGGGGAUCUUCUUCGCAGCUGUGAUCCGAGCUACAAUGGAGGUGCCCUUCUUCCCAUCUUUGUACAAAUCAGAUGUGCGAAGACAACAGCUUGUUGGACUAGCAAUCAAGGUUUCGGAUGCUUUGGCAGAGAUAUGUAUAUCUCUAGACUGCCUGAAUGACCUCCAGCUCGUUGCACAAUACGAAAACUUCAUCGCUCAUUCAUACGUUCUUGGGAUUCAGUGUAGGUAUAAUGAGCUCGGAACCUCCAUAGAUACGCAACUAAUGCAUCUCGCAGCUUAUUCGGCUUGGAGAAGGCUUGGAGAUGUUAUAGCAUCAAUUACUGCUCUUGGUUAUCACCAAAAGCCGUCAGGACCUGUUUGUGCACCCUUCUUCCUAGUCGAGCUCAGGAAAACCGCUUUCGCCCGCAUUUACUCGGCCGAUAAGAACUUUUCCAUCUUUCUGGGUCGCUCUCCAAGGCUGAGCAAAAGAUUCUGUCAUCUCCAAGUUCCUCAAGGACGACUGAUUCUUGACUCGGAGGAAUUGGGUCAACCAACGCCUGACAAGACGGAAGAUUGGACACAAGAUGCACAGGCUUGCUACAGAGCAGACACCCGUUGGUCCGCACAAUGCGCCUCCCUCAAAGAGGAUAUCCUAGCUAUGUUGUUUGGCGACUGUCGAGAUAUAUGCAUGGAAAAAAUAAAAUUGAUACGAGAGCGUGCUCAAAGUCAAUGGAUGCUGUUACCCCCUUCCCUUCGGCUGGAAGGGAGCAUGAAACGAUCAGACAGAACUCCAUUUGAACGCGAUUUUCUCAUAAGCGCGCGUCUCAAUUACCUUCACAUCCUGUUUCUUACGCAACUUGUCUGUCUCAAGUCCCCGCCAGAACCGGACAAGAUCAUUGUUGAACUCGCUCAAGAGAUUCUGUCUUUAGUCGUAGAAGCGGUCGUGCUUAGGGAUCAGGCCGUCUCUUCUGGAACAAGUACAGUAUGGAAGGUAAGGUUUCGACCUUCGAAUCACAAAGUUCGAUCUAACUCUAUUGAGGUUGCGCACUAUGGACUUCCCGCUGUCGGUAUAGCGUUACUAGCCAUGCUGAAACAGCCAAGUCUCGUGACACUAUUCAAGAUCCCAAAGAACAGAACUUUACAAGAUCUAGGGGUACUCGUUGCUGAAAUUGAGAUGGGAACUAUAAUUCGGCCUGGAGAGCCGAAUUUUACGGUGCUCUCGGCAGCUGCGGAUACCAUUCAACGAUUUCUCGACCGCAUACAAAUGGAGGACUCGCAAAGUAAGUACAUCAGUUCGCGGAAGGAAACUAAUCCUUCCAAUGAUUCUGAGCCAUGGGAUUUCGGGUUGAGCCUGGAUCCUUGGAAUUUUGAACUUGGAUUUUGGGAGAGUCUCGCAGAGCAUCCCUCUUUGUACAACAGCGGAGAUCAGACUUGA